AUGAACAACAACUUAGCCCCCCAUUGCGCGGAUCUAGCAUCCGCUAGUUCUUGGAACUUCGCGCUGUCCAUUUUGAUCCUCAUCGGAAUCCUUAUUUCCUACCUCCCUCAGCAUCUCCGCAUAAUCUCCCUGAAGAGCUCCUUCGGCAUCUCUCCUUACUUCGUCCUGUUGGGUACGACGUCUACAUCGUCAUCUUUAGCAAACAUCUUGGUGCUCCCGCGAAGCAUUCAGGAUGCAUCGUGCUGUACGGAGGUUGAUGGUUUGAGCUGCUUUUCGGCGUUGCUGGGUAUCCUCCAGGUUGGAGUUCAGUGGCUCUGUUUCUUUACCAUUCUCGUCCUUUUCGUCAUCUACUUUCCACGAGCCAUAUCGACAACGACCCAAGACACUUCCGAAACAUCCUCCAAAGAAGGCGAUGGUCCCACAUACCGUACUGCCCUAGCUGUAGCAGGCAUUUCAAUAGUACACAUCGUCUUUCUCUUCAUCAUCUCCCUCGUUUUCGAACUCAGGCACCGCUCGUCACUCCAAGCAUGGGCCAAUUUCCUAGGCAUCCUCGCUGCAGUCCUCUCCUCAAUCCAAUACUUCCCGCAAAUCUACACGACACUCAAGCUCCGGUGCGUGGGCAGCCUAAGCAUACCGAUGAUGUGCAUCCAAACGCCCGGGAGCUUGGUUUUCGCAGGAAGUCUAGCAGCGCGACUGGGACCCGAGGGGUGGAGUACUUGGGGGGUUUUUGUUGUGACGGCGUUCCUGCAGGGAACGCUGCUUUUCCUGGCUAUAUACUUUGAGUAUUUUGGUCCGGAGAAGAAGGAGGGUCAGACGCACAGUGCGGAUGUUGUUCCGAAUGGAUCUCUGGAGGAUCGCGAGGAUCACCAGACUGAUGAUCAACCAUCUGAGGACACUCCACUUCUGCAGAGGCAAUUAUAA